AUGCGACAAAAAGAGGCUGAGGUACUGUAGGGGUACUGUAGAACUGCAAAAGCUAGGCUUAAGGAUUACGGUACCAAAAAAAAAACAUUAUUUCCCCAGGUAAACGUUAGACUAAAAGUUCGUCCACUCGGCUCAAAUUGGCGACAAGUUCGAAGAAUUGAAGAGCCGGAAGAAGCUCAGCAAGAAAUCAAAGAUCCAAAUAGCCCACUAGAUUGCAAUGUUUGGAAGACCAAACACUACAGAGAUGAGCCGAUAACUUGUGGAAUUCUAAAAAUGUGCAGUUGCCCCAAUUGCUAUCAUGUUGAUGGAACUCAAACUUCAGUGGAACUCGAGCCACCGGUUAUGAUUCGAGAAGUCAAAAGAGAACUCAAGAUCCAGAGAGCUGAACAUCAUCCGAAACCCAAGAUCAAAGUGCAAAAAAUUGUGAUCACACCACCGCCACCCGUAGAAUCGGCGACACCGGUUUCUGAAGUACAACUCGAGCCGGCGAUUUUCCAGGAGGAUGUGGUGUUGAAUCCAACACCACCAGCUCCGCCACCAAGUACAGCUGAUUCGCAGAGUAGUCAGCUGGGAAUGACGGUUGUGGCGGCGGUGUCAAGUAGAACUGUUGUGAAGGUGAAGAGCGAGAAGAAAACUUCUGAAACGUAAGAAAACCCAACCAUUCCUAAAUCUUCUUCUUAUUCUUUUCCAGCUCAAUAAUUCUCCCGGAAGUUUCCGAAUGCCACACAGCAAUUCCACUCACAGUCUCAUCGAUUUUGGAAAAUCGCGACUUCGAAAUUGAAAAUCACACGCAAGCCGCCUUGAUUGCCACCAACAUCGACAACAAUGUUUUUCACGAUGAUCCGAUGAGUUUUCGUAAAAUCUUCUACGAUUCCGAAUCGAACAUGUGGCUUUUGAUUGCUGUGAUUGUGAUGUCGAUUUUGGCGUAUCGUAGUUCAAUGGAUACUCAUGUUUGUUAUCAUGACUAG